ACAUCACCAUGCCUCCAAAAAGCAAGACACAGGGAGCAAAAAAAAAAGACGAUAUUGUUCGCAUUGAUCCAAAAAAGCAUGAGCCAAAGUUGAAGGAAAUCAAGGAGAGGCUCACAGCAGAUGUUCUAGCCGCUCCAGAGGAAGCCUUAGAUGAAGUUCUACUUGAUGAAGAGGAAAUGUACGAAGAAGAAAAUGCAGUAGAGGAACAAUAUUCUGAAAUUGAAUCACCUCUUUUUGUGGGUCACAUAGACCUAUCGUUCACCGAGACUGCCAAUGAGUUUGCAAAUUCUCCGCAAUGCUAUCCACCAAGUUAUUAUACCUUGUCACCAAAGGAACGUAUAUUACUAUUGUAUGCAGAGAAUUUCCGCAAGCAAUUCGUAACACUUUAUCCAGAUAGAAGACCAUUGGUAUUAGCCUUGCCAAAUGAAUGCAAUAUUCAGAAAUUUGUUUGCACCACAAUACGACCAACGGCAUUUAUAUACAUUCCUUUGAUUGGCAGUGAAAUAGAAUGCGCGAAAUUUGUAGCUGACUUUAUUAUAUACGAACCCCCAGAGGACAUAAUGAAAUUCGUAAGUAAAAAUACUAAAUAG